AUGCCAGCUCUCCUGCAGAGUUUAAUGGGAGCAUUGGGGCCGCCCUGGGGAGAUAAGGCAAAAGUGGGGCCUGGGGGCUGGAGAGUAAGAGGCAAGGAUAAAAGUCCUCGUGAUUCAAAGCGAUGUCCCACUUCAGAUAUGAAUAUAUACAGUGGGAAUCCCAAAAGACUUAAAGUCAGCCAUGGAAUCCCAGGGGGACAGGCCUCAGCUAUGGCCUCUCCAGGUAACCUUCCUACAAAGAACACGAGUAUGACCCCGGAAGGUGUCCCGACCUCAUCAAGCCAUGUUCACAGUGGGGCAUCAUUUCCAUGGGCUCAUGCAUAUAACCAGGCACGUUACCAUGUUAUGGAUCCAGAUGGAGCAUGUAGCUUGGAAAGGCUGGCAAAAACAGACUUUUCGAGUCUAGCAAGUCAAAACAAGACUGUUGAUCCCAAGAAAGGAAAUCUGAUCAUGUUACUUGAUGAUUUUUACUAUGGACGGCAUCCAGGAGACAGGCAGCCAGAAUGGAAGACCCACACAACCUUCAAAUGCCUCAGCUGCUUGAAAGUUCUAAAAAAUGUCAAGUUUAUGACCCACGUGAAGAACCAUUUUGAAUUUGAGAAGCAGAGGGAUGACGGCUGGGAAAUCCACACCACCUGCCGGCACUGCCACCGCCAGUUUCCCACCCCCUUCCAGCUGCAGUGUCACAUUGAAAGUGUCCACACUUCCCAGGAGCCCUCUUCGGUCUGUAAAAUCUGUGAAUUGUCCUUUGAAACAGAUCAGGUUCUCUUACAGCACAUGAAGGUCAAUCAUAAACCUGGCGAAAUGCCCUAUGUGUGCCAGGUUCAAUUACAGAUCGUCAGCCUUUGCUGAUGUGGAAGCACAUUUCAGAACAUGCCCAAGACCUUGGAGACACAGGUUCAGCCUGACCCCGCCCCCAGCGGUUGCCACCGGGGGGCGCUAGAGAGCGCGCAUGCGCCCACCCGGCCUCGCUGCCAAUCAGACCGCAGCGCCCGACCUCGCGCCGGCACCUGGCAGCCAAUCACAGGUGACAGCGGGCGCGCCAGCGGGGGCGCGGGCGGUGGCGGCGUCUGCGGCGCCGGGGGCCUGAGGAGGCGUAGUCGCCUCAGGCUUCGCCCCGGGAGCGCCUCAGGGCCGGGGAGCGCCUCAGGGCCGGUGAGCUGCCGGCCGUUCUGGCUCCGCCUCCGACGGGGACCGUGGCGCUGCCGGAGCGGUCCCUGA